GAAAUUUUUUAACCGCGAUACGAAUCGGUUGUGUUUUUGGUAUUUUCGCGCUAUUCCAGCGUUUCUAGCAGUUUACAACUCCUUCACAUCUGUGUGGAGGCCGGGAAAAAAAACUCCGCGUGUGACCGCGCGUGCGGGCGAAACAUUUUCAAACUGAUUCCGGACUUGCGAACCUUAUUUACGGUAAUUGGUGGAGCUUGUUGCAAUUUAUCAGCGAGGUGUGUUUUGUUUUUGCUCUGGUAAACGAAUUUGCGGUUUGCAGUUUGUUUGGGUUACUGGCUUUGGUACCAUAAAAUUUGUCGGUGUCGGUGUUUCGUACGAAGAUCGGUGUGUUCUGGCUACGACAGUUGUAAGACCGGUUGCUGGCUGUGGUGAUCUAGAGGAAAAUCUUUUUUGGAAGAGAUAUACAGUGAAUUAAAGUGUGUAGCGUACAGCAAGGUAGUGAAAUCCAUUUUUUUAGUAGAAUCAGAAACCGGAACCCUCUGGGCAGGCCCCUUAGUUUUCGAGCUAUCCGGGUGUUGCACAUAAAACUUCAAUCGUAGAACCUCCCCUCUAUCGAUAAUGGCCUUUUUAAGGGCCUACUACUGUUAUGCACUGUUGGUGCUCUACUUUGGGGCUCUGGUCCAGAGUGGUGCACCGGUCCGGCCAGGGACGGGUAACCCUUCGCCACGGCUUCCACGCACCAGCGCCAGUCAGCUGUCAGCACAAAACAACAACACAACCGGGGUGCGCAAUUUGACUGCUAAGAACCUCACUGCUCAGCAGGGACGUGGGAACUACAGAUCAAGAGAACAGCAGCUGCUGAAUGUGUUCGAAGUUGUGGUAUCUACACUGGAGGGUAAACUCCAACGGAUAGACAACCUGGAUAAAGCAGUAGAACAUCUGAUGCGGCGGGUUGAAUCACUGGACAGCAAAAUGGCGGACAACAUUCACAAAACCGAUUCGGUUAUUACAAAGCUACGCACGUUAGACAGUAAGCUGUCCAAUGACGGUGACAGACCGAACAACGUCAGAACGGCCAAGUCGACCAACAGCCUGGACAGCCGAUUGUUUUCACUGGACCAGAAGGUAAGCGACAUCGAUAAUAAACUGAACGGGCUGAAGAAUCAGAUAGACAGCAACUUUCUGCCCGUGGAUGAUAUAAAUGCGGAGGCAAGUGAACGGAAAACCGUUAGUAUGAACGUGGCAGAAAUCACCAAAGCCAUGCAUUCGGAGGUUAUGGGACACAUCACCAAAGAACUGGGACAACUGCGAUCCAUUUCUGAGGGUAUCGAUAAAAAGCUUCAGUUCCACAUAAACGUGGUUUCGGAGAAUCUCGGUAAAACAUUGAACCUGCUGAAUGAGGUUCACGAUGCCGUUGUCGACCAUAAUAUAAACUUCAGCUAUAACACCACAUCGACUCUGCCGCCAUUUGUUAAGGCCAGUAAAAUCGAUAUACUGGUCAAACAGAUCCGACCGAUAAUGUCCGUAUCGGAGAAGAUGGAUGAAGUGUGGGAUGUGGUCGUGGGCACCAAGAGCUCUGUUGACGACCUGGUACCCAAAUCGGAUGCCUUACUAACCCAAAACCAACGGCAGGAGCGUGCAAUUGGUGAAAUCCAUCAUGAUUUGAAAGCGAAAACCAAUCUGAUUAUAAAUAAUCUGGAUAUGGUGGAAAAACGUCUUAAAAAACAGGAGGAUGAUGUGGCAGUGCUUGCUCAAAGGCCCGUCCCGGCUGAACUGCUGAUGGAUCCGACGAUUGACCGACUGGUGGAAUACGAUCCAAACAGGUACUCAAUCGUUGAAGACUUUACAGAAACGCUACCAACAACAACGUAUCCCACGGCUUCAUCUCCACCGUCAACGGCUAGUUCCAGUAGUAGCACUAGUAGCACAACCGCUAGCAACAUUAACUACAAUACCAGCACAUCGGCAUCGACUGGACCGGCCACUCAGACAGCCCAGUCCGGAGGUAAAAAUGUCUCCCGCAAAGGUGGUAUAAUCUUCCCCAGUGUGAAGAACAAGCCAUCCGUGCUGAACAGCACCUUUGCCAGUGAAAAUCUACUCUUCAAAGACAUUAAAGGGUUCUCCUGUACUGACCUGAUGAACGCCGGUAUGCGUCAAUCCGGAGUGUACUACCUGCAAAUCCGAGGCACGACCUACUGGUUCCUGAAGGUCUUCUGCGAGCAAGAGAUUGCCGACGGCGGAUGGACUGUCAUUCAACGGCGCGACGAUUUCGGUGAACCUAGGGAGAACUUCAAUCGUGACUGGGCAGACUACAAGAACGGUUUCGGCGAUCCGGCCAAGGAAUUCUGGCUCGGUAACGAGAACAUUUACAUGCUGACGAACAACGAGGACUACUCACUCCGGGUCGAGCUGGAAGAUUUCGAAGGAAACAAACGGUACGCGCAAUAUUCGCAUUUCAAGAUCCAUUCCGAGCAGGACUACUAUAAGCUGGAAAUCGAUGGCUACGAAGGCAGCGCCGGUGAUUCGUUGAACGAUCCUUGGUAUGGUUCCAACAACAGUCCGUUCUCCACGUAUAACCGUGACAACGACCGAAGUUCGUUGAACUGUGCCAGCAUGCUCAAGGGCGGCUGGUGGUGGAAGUCAUGUGGCCGGGGAUUGAACGGUCUGUAUCUGCACGAUCCACAAGAUCUGACCGCCCGGCAAGGAAUCGUCUGGUUCCGCUGGAGAGGCUGGGACUACACGCUCAAAAAGGCCACCAUGAUGAUCAAACCUCGAGGACCACAACCGCAACAACAGGUGACCAGUGCGACAACGACGUAAUAGCGAGAAAUCUACUUCCUUUCGCGCAAACUCAAGUUUUUGUACAAAUCUUUAUUCUUUUUUUGUUGUUGGCCAAUCGCAAAAUAAUUGUUAAAAAAAUCAAAUGUCCAUAAAAAAUGAGUCAUUCGAACAGUUCUACAUUGAGACAAUAAUGAUCGGAGUAUCAACUUUUGAGUUCGACAAGCAUCUAAAACACACGUAUUAAGUGAAUUUCAAGAUUACUGAAAGUGUUAGGGGCUGCCGACAAACGUGAAUUCAUUUCUAUCACAAAUAGGUUUUAUAUUUCUCCAUCACAAAGUUUACUAUCUCAUUUUUGUCACAUCACCCUUUUUUGUAUAUUUUAUUAUUUCAUGUUUAAUUUAUUGAUAUCGGUGAAAGUACGGGCGAUUUAAAUGCAAAACGAAUUCACCACUCUUUUAAAAAUGCACAUACUGGUUGAUCUUACUGCCCGCACAAGGCUCCGAAAUUUGAUCAAUUCUUGCUUGGAAGGUUCCGUUAGUAUCUCGUUUCUCAAGAAAGCAUGUUUUUUUUUGAAAAAGUACGCCGAUACUGACGUGAAUUUUCCUUAACGAGCAAUUCGAUGAUAUUUUUCUUUUCCUAUCCUAUAAACUCUGGCCUUUAUAUGCAGACGAAGAGAAGAUAUCUGAUGACGAACUGAGAUUGUUUAAAAUAGAGUAUUUGUUUUUGUUAGUUAAAAUUCAUCAUAGUCAUCUUCGUUUGUCAAAAUGUUUUCUUUUUCUAAGUACUAAGCACUUGUUGAAAAUGUUGAAGUUAUUUCGAAGUUAUUUCGUUUUGUUUCGCAAUCCCCAAAUCGAACGAACUUCUAACGGAAAAGUACCGAGCAAAUUUCUAGAAAGUUUGUAUGAUUUUGGCAGCAUUUGCAAAGUGUUUUAUUUUCAUACGUUAAUUCCUCAGCUUUUUCUAAGAUUAUUCCCCUAUUAUGAAGCACGCACCGCUUGAACACACAGUUAUGAGACGCAUGAACUGGCAAUGAAUAAUAUUUAUAUUUGAAAAUAAUCAAAUAAUCAAAUAAUUCUUUCCAUUUUUAACACUAAAUAUUAAAAUAGAAAUCAUUCAAACAAAAAAUCGAAAGUCAAACUACUUUUAUGCAGAUUUUUUGCGAAAUUCGUGAGGAAAGUAUGAGUAAAUAAUGUGAACAUUAAGAAUGAACUGCCAUCUUUUUUAUUUUAACCAAUUUAACUUCUUAUUUGUUAUCUGAAAUUACGUUCAGUUCAGAAAAAACUCUGACAGCAAUCACCAAAAAUCUUCAUCAAAGUGAUCAAAAAGGUAAAAACGUAAACGAAGUGUUAUUAUUUUGCAAAAAAAACCAAUCAUCGAUUAGUGCACAGAAAAAGAAAUCAUUUUGCACAAAUCAAAUUGCAAAAUAAAACAUUCACACGCAACAUUGUUCAUUUGUACACAAAUUCAUGCAACAGCAAUAAAUAUAUAAAUAGUGAAUUUCAAGCGACCGAAAUAAAAAAAUAAGCCAACGUCCUGCUGAAAUUCACGUCGAAUCUUUUGGCGAUACCAUUGAGUUUAUUGUAAUAACUAUUAUUAUUAUUAUUAUGACACAUAUUCAUACAUACAAGCAUAAAUCACUCGCGAAUACACGCAUAAAUCACUCGCGAAUAAGCAAACACAUCAUUUCGUACAUAUGAAUAAUUUCCGAUACUCUGCUCAACGGCAUGCUUGAGCUAAUGAAAAGCUAUGCGAUAGAGAGUAGGAAUCCAAAUCAUGGAAAAAUCGAAUGAUAGACAAAAGGGAAACACUAAAACAAAUCAGCGCCGCAAAAUCCAAUUGUAAAUAUCGUUUUAAUUUAAUAGUCGUUAGAAUGUUUUCAUAUUGAAAUAAAACAAAUGUGGAAAUAAUUAUA